AGGAGUGCGCAUGCGCCGCUGACCGCACACAGCCCAGGCGAGGCGGCUGGUCCCUUGCAGGUCCCUGAGUGCUCGCCUCGGUGCUGCUGCUGCGGCUGGGCGCAAAGUCCGCGCCGGGCAGGGCAGCGCGGGGUCCCCCCCUGGCCCUGCGGGAGCAAAGGGGGCGCAGCUGGGCCCGGCGCUUCCCACCCUCCUCACCCCCCCGGCCGCGGUGCCGCUGCCUGGCGGGGCGGCGGGCGAGUGAGCGGGGCGGGGGCAGCUCCCCGCGGGCGGAAUGUGAGGCUCGCAGCCCGGCUCCUGCCAGCGGCGAGCGGUUCCCCGGGCAGCGCGUCCUCUCCUCCACCCCCGGGCACCCCUCGCUGCGGGGCCGGGCACUGCCCGCGCUUCUCCGGCUCCGUCCCCAGCCCGCCGCUCGCCAUGAAGAAGUUCUCCCGCAUGCCCAAGGCCGAGGGGAGCGGCGGCGGCGGGACGACGUGCGCUGGCUCCGGCGGCGCGGGCGGAGCGGGCGCCGCGGGCCGGGUGCUCGCUGUGGGACGGCACCAGGUCACCCUGGAGGAUCUGCUGGCGGAAGGUGGCUUUUCCACUGUGUUCCUGGUGCGUACCCAUGGUGGAGUACGCUGUGCAUUGAAACGAAUGUAUGUUAAUAACGUGCCUGACCUCAACAUUUGCAAAAGAGAAAUAACAAUUAUGAAAGAACUCUCUGGGCACAAGAAUAUUGUAGGCUAUUUGGACUGUGCUGUUAAUUCUGUUAGUGACAAUGUGUGGGAGGUGCUCAUCUUAAUGGAAUAUUGUCGAGCGGGGCAAGUCGUAAAUCAGAUGAAUCAGAGACUUCAGACAGGCUUUACUGAGCCAGAAGUGCUGAGGAUAUUUUGUGACACCUGUGAAGCUGUUGCCAGGUUGCAUCACUGCAAAACCCCAAUAGUUCACCGGGACCUGAAGGUAGAGAAUAUUUUGUUGAAUGACAAUGGAAACUAUGUCCUUUGUGACUUUGGCAGUGCCACUAACAAAUUCCUUAAUCCUCAGAAAGAUGGUGUUAAUGUAGUUGAAGAAGAAAUUAAAAAGUAUACAACACUGUCAUACAGAGCUCCUGAAAUGAUUAAUCUUUAUGGAGGAAAACCAGUUACUACCAAGGCAGAUAUUUGGGCACUUGGCUGCUUGCUGUAUAAACUUUGUUUCUUCACACUUCCCUUUGGGGAGAGUCAGGUUGCUAUUUGUGACGGAAAUUUUACCAUUCCAGACAAUUCCCGAUAUACCCAUAAUGUACAUUGUUUGAUAAGGUACAUGCUUGAACCAGAUCAAGAACGGAGACCCGACAUCUUUCAAGUAUCUUAUUUUGCCUUUAAACUUACCAGAAAGGAAUGUCCAUUGUCCAAUAUUAAUAAUUCUCCUGUCCCUUCAACUCUUCCUGAACCCAUGACAGCUAGUGAGGCAGCUGCUAGAAAAAGCCAAAUAAAAGCCAGAAUAACAGAUGCUGUUGGACCAACAGAAACCUCAAUUGCACCACGACAAAGACCAAAGGGCAAUUCAAGCACUGCCACUUCUAAUGUGCUAACUAUCCAGAGCUCAGCAACACCAGUAAAAGUAUCGGUUCCUGGUGAAUUCGGUAACUGUGUGCAAAAAGGAACCCUAAGACCAGGAAAUGGACAAGAGAUCUUGUCCCAAGGGACCAAUCAGCACCCUCCACAACAAAAUAGAGUACUGCAGCAACUGCAACAGGGGGACUGGAGAUUACAGCAACUGCACCACUUACAUCACCAGCAACAGCAACAAUUACUUCAGGAUGCUUACAUGCAACAGUAUCAACAAGCAAUGCACCAGCAAAUGGUCCAACAACAACUUAUGAUGCAAUCUAUGUACCAACAACAACCUUCCCCAUCCCAGUAUCCUGCCAUGGUGCAACAAUACCAGCAAGCUCUCUUACAUCAGCGGAUCCUUGCACAGCAACAUCAACAGCCACAGUCUCCUGAGUAUCUUACCUCUCCUCAAGAGUUCUCACCAGCCUUAAUUUCCUACUCUGCAUCGCUUCCAGCUCAUGUUGGAGCAGUGAUGGAUUCUCCUUAUACUGCCAAUAGGUCAGCCGUUCCUGAUGCAGAGGCCGUUUCCAGUUACCCAAAGCAGAACAUCAGUAACCCACCGGAUAUGUCAGGCUGGAACCCAUUUGGAGAGGACAAUUUCUCCAAGCUAACAGAGGAGGAGCUACUGGACAGGGAAUUUGACCUUCUGAGAUCAAACAGGCUCGUGGAGAGGAGAGCAUCCUCAGAUAAGAAUGUGGAGCCACAUUCUGCUCCACAGAACCAUCCUUCUGAAGAUCCCUUUGGUUCUGUACCUUUCAUUUCUCACCCAGGUUCUCCGGGAAAGGCAAUUGACAAUUCAGCCAGCAGUCAAGAAAAUAAUUUAGGGAGCCCAAACAAGGCUGAAAAAUCAAGUCAAGCCUCUCGAGAGCACCAUUCAGGAAGAAAAACAGCAGGGGGACAAGUGCAGAAAGGAAGCGAUGAGUCAGAGAGUGACUUUGAAUCUGAUCCUCCUUCUCCCAAGAGCAGUGAGGAAGAUGAAGAGCAGGAGGAUGAAGAUGUCUUACAGGGGGAGCAUGGAGACUUUAAUGAUGACAAUGAUACAGAACCUGAGAACUUAGGCCAUCGGCCUCUCCUUAUGGACUCUGAAGAUGAGGCGGAGGAAGAGGAGGAAGAAAAGCAGAGUUCUGAUUCCGAUUCCGAUCACACCAAGGGAAAGCCCAUGGAAGGGAUCCCUUGCGGUAGAUACAGAGAGGUGGGUGGCAGUCGUGAAGACAAAGAACCUAAUGUAGCACUCUCUUCCUUGCCUGAGUUACCAAGUACUGUGGCCAAGGUGAGCGCUGGCCAAGAAUUUGAUGUCUUUGGGGCUGUCCCCUUCUUUGCUCUUCAGACUCAGCAACCUCAGCCCAGAGAAGAGAGUGACACAGAUUUCUCUCCUCAGCCUGCUUUUCUCAGCCUGAGGCAAGAGCAGGAUGACUUUGAUGUCUUCACCAAAGCCCCAUUCAGCAAGAAGGUGGCCCAGCCAGAUGGCCUGGUUGUAGGAGCUGAGACCCAAACCUCCCCUACUUCUCCCCGAAGUGUGGAUAUUUUUGGCUGCACCCCUUUCCAGCCUCUUCCCACCCCAAAGAGCAGUGAAAGCAGAGAGGACCUCUUUGGGCUUGUCCCCUUUGAGGAGAUUACAGGGAGCCAGCAGCAACAGAAGGUGAAGCAGCAGCGGAACCUGCAGAAACUCUCCUCCCGGCAAAGACGCAUGAAACAGGAGGUGCCCAAAAGCAAUGGGAAGCGCCACCAUGGCACCCCGACCAGCACCAAGAAGGCUUUGAAACCCAGCUACCGCACCCCAGAGAGAGCCCGCAGGCACAAAAAAACUGGCCGCAGGGACUCCCAAAGCAGCAACGAAUUCCUAACCAUCUCAGACUCCAAGGAAAACAUAAGUGUUGCAUUGACUGACAGCAAAGAUCGAGGCAACCCUUUGCAAGCGGACGAGAAUCUGCUGGACCCCUUUGGAGCCAAACCUUUCCACCCACCAGACUUGAUGCGGAACCCACAACAUCAAGGACUGGGUGACAACCGUGGGGACCAUAAUAUAGUAGUGCCUGGUAGACCUAGACAGAGCUCCCUACAUGGGGCCGUUCACAGUGGUGAUGGGCUAAAAACAGAUGACUUCGGUGCAGUGCCCUUCACAGAACUGGUUGUGCAGAGUGUAACACCACAGCAGGCCCAGCAGCAACAGGCAUUAGAGUUAGAUCCAUUUGGGGCAGCUCCAUUUCCUUCCAAACAGUAAAGGCUUCCACCAGAUUAUUUCUCGUUCUCCGCACUAUUUAACUUUGUUUUUAAAUAGUGUAAUAAUCCAUCUGGUUGAAUUGACAGGAAACUGAUUUUUCGUACAGUUUAUUCAGCCUCGGUACUGCAUGCCCAGCUCUCCCCAAAAAUUUAAAAUCAUUUGUUUUUGUAUCAUAUAAAACACCCAGAAAAAGGAGGAAGCAUUUCAAUAGGACAGCACAUUUCCAGAGGAAUCAGACGUGAGCUCUUAUUUCAGCCACUGACUUUGUAGCCAUGAAAUAUACUGUUCUGCACUUUUGCAUGGCCUUUCCACUCAUAGGCAGUGCCAGGGGAAAAACCAGGGAAGAAGGUCUGUCAUGAUGCAUCCAGUAAGUCUGAUGGAAUGGAAUCCUUCCAUGAUACAAACCUUUGACUGUCUCUGAGACCUGAGAUAAUACGUAUCUGCUGGUAUCCAGGAUUUGCUGGAAAUUCUUCAGUCUCCACCUUCUAAAUGAAAGCUCUUUUCUAAUCCUAACCAAGACACCUACUCAAAGGAUUGUGUGUCUCAAGAUUGUGGAGUGUGGUGGUGGCUUGAGAACUGGUGCACAAGUAGAGGUGAAAGGCAAUUUUUGUGUGCCUGAGUAUAAAUGUUUUUACAGUAAGUGCCAUUAAUGUAAAAUAGCAAAAUGAAAGUCUCGAGUUAAAACUAAAGAUAUAGAGAAUAUAUUGGUUUGCUAGAUAAAAUCCUGGGUAACAAAGUAGCAGGGAUACAGCCAGCGUUUGCAGCACUUUGAAGACUACACAGUACACUUGACAAGAGGGGUUGAUUUACCUGGGUGCCAUGUCUAGCACAGCAGGAGUAUAUCAGAUCAUCAGUACAAUGGGCAGCAAGUGCAAACACGUAAAGAUUACAGAGUGGCUUUAUUCAAUUAUUAAUUAGGGUGUGCAUCUGAAAAUACCACUACUUUCUCUUGGAUUUUUAUUCCAAACAAAAUCUGUGUAUACCUUAGAAACUGUUUUUAAACAACAACUAUGAAAUUGUCGCAUAAUAUUCUUUUCAGUUCUGACAACUCUGCUAUUGUACUUAGUCUGUUUUAUAAGAGUUUCUGCUAAAUGCACUGAGCUAUGAAGAAGCUAUACCGUGAAACCACAGAGUUUCAGAAGAGAAGCAGUAAGCAGCAGGUAGCUUGUAGAUGCUGAUUACUAUUCUGUCAGUAAACUGCAUUUCACACCACAAGGCCUUACAGACAGGACCCACUUCCUGCUACAAAGUACCUCUAAGCCAAUAGGUGCACAUGAGAUUGCUAAAAACGUAUACUACACAGUAUAUCAUGAUGGGCUGGUGAUGCUAAUCCACUUGGUGAAUACAUGAUUUAGCUGUUCUGUUACAAAAGAAUUUACUAGCUAUAUAUGGGCCUGAAUCUCCACUGUCUUGUGCCUUGUGUCUAGUCACUUACACCUAUUGCAAAGUGAACAGAAAUCAGAAUGGUGGUAUUUGACACCCAUUUCACACUAAUUUUUCACAGGUGUAAAUGACUAGACACAAGAUGGAAGGCAUCGGGUCUUCUGUGUUUAUUUCAACAUGGUAUAUCUUGCUCUGAAUAUUGACAUUUUGCACAAAAAGCCCAUUUUAAAUUAUUUGAGACAAAUCAAUGGAUGAAUGUAUAUACAGAUGCAGUGAGUGUUCCCUUCCUACCCACCUGUCCACGCCCCCCCCCCCCCCCACACACACAUACACAUUGUGGAUUAGCUAAACAUCUAGAUUAACACAUUUCUUCUGAAAGUCUUGUUAAUAAGACAAAUACAGUUAGGUGCAGACUUCUCCAUAGAUUUUUUCCAGAGGAGUCUGGCUCUUUUCACGCACAAAAAGAAAAAGGGGACUUCUCAAAACAAAUGGCUGCUCUCCUUUGAUAGCUUUAUUCCAUUUUAAUUGACUGCUUUUUUGGAUUGACUAGAAACCAUCUGUAGCUAAAGUAUUCAUGUCUCUGGUCUUAGGCAUGAGAAAUAAGAGCUGCAUACAUGGGUCUUUAUCUCUUCCUCUCUUUUUCCUUUAUUCUGACAAAACAGAUGAAAUUCAAAUACAAAGUCUUGCUGAGUUAGGGGUGUCCUCGUGCUAAAAUGUUUAGCUUUGGGAAAGACAGUUAAAAAUGGGUAACCUCUAUCUAUCUGCAUCUGAAUAUUCCAGCUCUUUUAGGCUCUAUCCCUGUUAUUCUUUCCUAUUCUUGUGCCAGGAAGCAAAUGUCGAGCUUGCGUUUUUUUUCUGGCUCUCAGAUUAACACUGAUUUACAAAAAACCCACCAAACUGCUUUUAUUGAAAUUUUACGCACCUACCUAAUUAGUUCUUGGAAGAUGUUAAUUCCAAAAGUGAACAGAUGAUCAGAUUACUCAUGGGGGUAAAUCGUGUAAUGUGGACUCAGAAAUUAUAGUAAAUCAUGUCUAGAA